AUGCAGAUAUCAAACUGUCAUUGCAACGCUUGCCAUGCUGCGACCGGCCACUCCUAUGCCAGCUGGGCUGCAUACCCGCUGUCUCGAACGGUUCUCAACGUCAGCAGCCCUCUCAGCGUGUUCCGCGUCAAUCCGGCCAGUGCCGAUCGAUACUUCUGCGGAGGUUGCGGCUGCAGUGUGGCAAUGAUGUAUCACCUGAACUCCGUGUGGCCGGAAGCUCAUACCGUGUGGCUGGCACGGCACUUCGCUGAGUUAACGGGCAACUACGACGAGGUUCACAUCUUCAACGAGUCCGACCCAACCAGGCCACCCGCGCCCUCAGACCUUGAGCCGCUGCCUGCAGAGGACUUUAGGGUUUAG